GCAAAGGUGGUGCAACUGGUGCUAAUUAGAGCCAAUUAGCACCAGCUGUAGUCACCUCUUAUAAAAGCUCAUCAAGUCCAACUACUUGACAACUGUUCCUGAAGCAAUGGCUGCCUUUUGGCUUGUACUGGCGUUUGCUGUCUUGAUUGCUGAAGGGUUUUCUUUUCCCGCUGACUCUACACAAGCUGAGUCUGAUACUGAGUGGAUGAAAACGCUAGAUGUGUCACCUGAAGAUGUUUCACUUAAGAGGGCUUUUGAACUUCUCCAGUCUUUGGAUUCUGUGUUUGCACUACAUGCCAAAGAAGGUCUCCUGGCAGCAAAAGAAGUGGAAAUUGCUGUUGGCGUGGGAAAGGUUUCACUGGACAAACCCGAAGGGCUCCAAACAAAGUCGGGCAGUCAUCACAAUGUGAGGAAAAACCUCCAGCAUGAUAUGAGAAAUGACCAUAAUGUGGAUCACAAUGUGAGCAACAGUCAUCAGCAGGAAAACAUGAGCUACAACCAAAAGAGUGACAAGGUGAGUUAUGGCCACCAAGACUACGCCUUGAGCCAAAACAUGAGCAGCAAGGGUCACCAGGAUGACUCUUUUAACCACAACAUCAGCAGCAAGGGCCACCAGGACUAUGCCUUGAGCCAUGACCAGAUGAGCCAAAACAUGAGCAAGGGCUACCAGGAUGACUCCUUGAGCCAAAACAUGACCCCCAAGGGCUACCAGGAUGACUCAGACUACCAGAACGAUGCCUUUAGUCACAAGAAUGAUAACAUGAGCAGCAAGGGCCACCAGGACGAUGCCUUGAGCCACGAUCAGAUGAGCCAAAACAUGAGCAAGGGCCACCAGGACUAUGCCUUGAGCCAUGACCAGAUGAGCCAAAACAUGAGCAAGGGUCACCAGGAUGACUCCUUUGGCCAAAACAUGAGCAGCAAGGUCUCCGAGGAUGACUCAGACAACCAGGACGAUGCCUUUAGUCACAAGAAUGAUUACAUGAGCAGUAAGGGCCACCAGGGUGAAUAAAUGAGCAUCAGCCACAAGAGGGACCAACUACCUGAAUGGGCCAUGAUGACUUGACAGGUUGUGUAUAGGUUGUAUGUUUCAUUGCAUUAUUGAAGGCAUGGAAGCGCUCUAAAAUGUUCAUGGAUUUACUAAAUA